GUAUUGUGAGUGGUUGAUCUGUGUAUGUCACCCGUUCCUCGCUAGACCAUCUGUCACCUCUUGGUCCUGCUGUGCCCCAUCACCGAACACACUCCAGCGACGACUAUCAAGCAGUGAACACAUCCUAGCGUAUACCUUUGGCCUGAAGUUACCAAGGGGAUGUAUGGGCAGCAGGCGAGGAUGACGGUGGCCCUGCUGGCGGUGCUGGGGACACAGGUAGGAUGGUGCUUCGUUCGGGACACCAUCAAGAACCUCAAUCCUUCUACAGACUGUAAGGACAUCAACUUCUCAGACCCGUCACGGCGCAGCGCAGUGAGGGAAGCGGUGUUGCGCGCGAUGUGUGUCAAGGCUGCGCCGCAUAUUGACUUAGACGAAAAGCUCAAACAAUUUGCCAUCUUCCUUCUCCACCGUGAUGGCUUUGAUGACGUGGCCAGGUGGCAUUCAGGUGAAGCCAAGGAUGUGCUGGCAGAUCCCUACUGGGCAGUGAACGAGGUGGAGGCUCUUACCAGCUCCAAAUAUCACUGGUACACCCACGGUCUCCCUAUGUGGCCCCUCCCCCACCAGGCCCUUCCCAACACCACCGUCACCAAGCUACCCAGCCUCAAGAAGAAGAAGAAGAGCGUCGAUUGGCCCAACUACGGUCUAGCAACACCAAUCUACUUCGCAUCUAAUGCUUGGAGGAACCAGGAAUGGAGUUUGGAGGAGUUUUUCCAGCAGAAGAAGAAGUCAUCACCCUUCAAGAGCCACAAGGACUUCCACAAGCUGGCCAAGGAGGUGGUGACCAGCGUGGACGGGUCAAAAGUGGAGAGUUACAGCGAGUGGCCCUUCUUCAAGUACUCUCUCGUCCCUAUGGUCAAGUCUAUGGUUGAGCGUAAUAAGGGUCUGUGUCCGGAUGAGUUGUAUGUGUACCUAAGAGUGACGCCUUGUUAUCCCAGCGAGGCCGCCCACCUCACCUGCGCCCAGGCCGCCUUGCACGCCAGGACUCUCCUCACCCACGCCUCAUGCCGCUCCACUGACGUCAUCGUUGGUUACACCCAGAAUUACAACAAAGACGCUCUGUAGUCAAAAUACAAUGGCCCUCCUGAACCUUUAUGUUAUGGAACAACACACGCAGGUCCAGAUAAUCACAUCGUUACAGUACUCCUUUUCCCAGCUUAUGAUUGGCUGGUAUUGAUCAAGGAUUUGUGCCAAUUGGCUAGAGAUCUGCUUAGGUUUCAAGAUCUGACCAAUAAUAACUUUAUGUAGGUUAAGCAAGUUGUUGGUUUAUUUUGCAAGAUUAUAAUUGACGUGAUAUUUCUUUGUUUGAUAAAAUAGGAAUCUCGAUGGUAGCUAGGAUGGUAGCUAGACAAAAAUUGUGCUUCUUAUAUUGUUUUGGAGAACUGUAUAUACCAAGACGAUCAGCAAACAGGUUAAUGGCUAGGAGGAUAACUACAGCUGGUGAAACUAUAAUAUUUUUUUUCUUUUUUAGUGCCAUUUUGUUUUGACAGACUUCCCAUCCUAGUAAAGUUAUUGUCCGUAUUUAAUCCUUUAUUUAGUACGUACAUUUCCUGAAAUAUGUCGACAAAAAUAUUCAACACUGAGUAAUGAGUUAUCCUAAUCAUGUAUACAGAAAAUGAACGGCUAAAUUAA